CUUGCUUGCCUCCUGCCGUCAUCUUGCUGCAUGCCAGCAUAGUCGGCUUGGAAACACACCAAUCAUGGACACGAUAGGAGAGCCAGGGCGAUGCGCUAUGCGCUCGUCCUGCGGAAGGAAGGGCUUCUUCGGGAAGGAGCUCCCUUGCCCGUAUGACGGACCCGCAGUUGAGCCAGAAGAUGCGGAAACGCGCAAGUUGCUUGCUGAUGUCUGCGGCGCUGAGUUUGCCGAAGGGCCAACGUGCUGCACGUCUGGACAAUUGGAGACGCUGAGGGACAACUUCGCAACUGUGGACAACAUCAUAUCCUCCUGUCCUGCUUGCCGGAACAACUUCCACUCUUUCUUCUGCUCAUUCACAUGCUCGCCUGAUCAGGCUACCUUCGUUAACAUCACGGAGACGCAGAAGUCACAGACGGGGGAAACGGCGGUCAAGUCUUUGGACUUCUUUGUCGAGGAGCAGUAUGCAAAGGGGUUCUUCGACAGCUGCAAGAGCGUGCAGGUCGGCGCGACCAACGGCUAUGCUAUGGACCUUAUAGGAGGUGGCGCGAAGGACUACAAGGCAUUUCUUAAGUUCCUCGGUGACGAGAAGGAUAUUGGCAGCCCCUUCCAGAUCAACUUCCCCCAUGACACUCCCUCGGAGUUCACCGCAUACAACGCGACGCCAAGGAAUUGCGCCGAUAAUGACCUCGCAAGCCGCUGCACAUGUAUCGACUGCCCGGAUAUCUGCCCCACUCGCCCACCCAUCGACCCGCCUGGCGGCGGCCCAACGUGCCAUGUUGGCGCCAUCUCCUGCCUUACGUUCGUCCUCACCCUUACGUAUGGGCUUGCUGUGGUCGGGUUCUUGUUCGGCUACCUCAUCGAGAUCACUAUACGCAAGCGUCGGGAGCGACUGUACGAGCGCGUCGCGCUGUCGGUGGACAAUGCGUCGAUAUCACCGCGCUCCAAUACGCGUGGGCUGGUCGGCGCUGGGUCCCUAGCGCACUACGUGGACGAACCCGCGCGUUCCGCCUCUGAACACGACCUCGGACCCCGCGUCGCGUUGCUCGACCCCGUGGAGACAGUACAGCCGCGCCAAUUCCCUCUCCAGAACUUCCUUCGCCGCAUGUUCUACCGACUUGGUCUUUUCGCUGCCGGAUACCCAUGGGCGACCUUCGCACUCGUCUUCACUGCAAUUGGCCUCUUGAAUAUUGGCUGGAAGCGCUUCGAGGUCGAGACGGACCCUGUCAGGCUCUGGGUGGCACCCACAUCGGAAAGCAAGCAGCAGAAGGAGUUCUUCGACGAGCAUUUCGGGCCAUUCUAUCGCGCACAGCAGAUAUUCGUCACUGCGGAGGAAGACGAGCCAGCGAUGACCUUCGACCGAUUGGAGUACUGGUUCGACGUGGAGCGGGAGAUCCGCGAGCUGAAGUCGUCGCCGCACAACUACACCCUCGACGACGUCUGCUUCAAGCCUGCAGGGUCGGAAGGCGCGUGCGUAUUCCAGUCAGUUGGAGCAUGGUUCGACACAUCCUUGGAGGGGUAUGACGAGGAUACAUGGGCAGAGCAUGUCCAGCAGUGUGCCCUCAGUCCUGUCGAAUGCUUGCCCGAUUUCCAGCAGCCAUUAUCUCCCGAAUUCGUUCUGGGAGGCGUCCCACAGGGCGAGAACGACACGACACCUCGUUAUACGGAUGCCGCCGCCAUGGUGGUGAACAUCGUCGUCUCCGACUCACUUGACGAAAUCGUGCAGGCGAAGGCAAUGGAAUGGGAGACUGCAUUGAAGGACUACUUGCAUCAGGUUGCGGAAGAAGCACCGGAGCAUGCGGGACUACAGAUAUCCUUCAGCACCGGUGUCUCCCUCGAAGAGGAGCUCAACAAGAGCACGAACACGGACGUGAAGAUCGUCGUCCUCUCAUACCUUGCCAUGUUCUUUUACGUCGCACUCACGCUCGGCAGCGGCUCCGCCACUCGGGACGAAGAGACCAUUGGCUCCUCCCUCAGACGCUGGGCGCGCAACUUCCCUGGUCUCUUCAAGCGCCGCGGCAUCAUGUCGUCCUCCAUCUCUACCGACUCUCGCGAGGUUCCCACCCUGUUCCCGCGCCUCCCGCGGAAGCUCUUCGUGGGCUCGAAAGUCACACUGGGCCUCUUCGGCAUCAUCCUCGUCAUCCUCUCCGUAUCCUCCUCCGUCGGCCUAUUCUCCGCCAUGGGCGUCAAAGUCACGCUCAUCAUCGCCGAGGUCAUCCCCUUCCUCGUCCUCGCCGUCGGCGUCGACAACGUCUUCAUCCUCGUGCACGAGCUCGACCGGCAGAACCUGCUGCACGGGCCGAACGCCGCCGCGCUCAUCGCGAGCCAGCACGAGCACGAGCGCGAUGCGACGUCCCCGAUCUCGUCGCACCGCUCGCCGUUCGACUCGACACACGAUGACGUGGACGCAGCGAGCAUGCCGCUGCUGCUGAGCGCAGAGGAGCGCGUGGCGCGUGCGUUGGCGAAGAUGGGCCCAAGUAUCUUGUUGAGUGCGACGACGGAGACGAUUGCGUUUGCGUUGGGGGCGAUCGUGCCAAUGCCUGCUGUCCGGAACUUUGCGCUGUAUGCGGCGGGGAGCGUGUUCUUGAACGCAGUACUACAAGUCACGGUCUUUGUGAGCGCGCUGUUGUUGGACCUGAAGCGCGUAGAGUCGAACAGGGUGGACUGCUUCCCUUGCGUGAGGUUGCCGCCGCGGAUUGCUCUGUCAGAUGGCCCGCCUGGUGGUGCUGGGCUGGGCGUUCUUGCUCGCUUUAUCCGCAGAUACUAUGCCCCCUUCUUGCUCAAGCCCGUCGUCAAAGGCAUUGUAUUCGCCAUCUUUAUGGGGAUGAUGGUCCUAUCCGCCAUCUCUAUGCAACACUUGCGUUUAGGGUUGGAUCAGCGCCUGGCUCUGCCGUCAGACUCGUACCUCGUCGACUACUUCAAUGACAUGGAUCAGUACCUCGAUAUCGGCCCGCCUGUCUACUUUGUCGUCGACCACUUGAAUGCUACGGAUCGCGCGGGUCAGCAAGAACUGUGCGGUCGCUUUACCACCUGCUCGGAUGCAUCGGUAGCAAACGUCCUCGAAGCCGAGCGUAAGCGCCCGGACGUGUCGUUCAUCUCGCAGCCGACUGCGUCAUGGAUCGACGACUUCCUCCAGUGGCUUGACCCUGCGAAGGAGACCUGUUGUCGCGUUCGCAAGAGGGACCCGUCGGUGUUCUGCACUGGCAGGGAGUCCUCGCGCGUAUGUCAGCCCUGUCUUGCUGGCCAGGAGCCGCCCUGGAACAUCACCAUGGAUGGCCUCCCCGAGGACGGCGAGUUCAUGCGCUACCUCAACCAGUGGCUCAUCUCGCCAACCACUGAAGAAUGCCCCCUCGCUGGCGCCGCAUCCUUCGGGACUGCCCUUUCCCUGUCCCCUGACAGCGACGACGUCGUGGCCUCGCACUUCCGCACCGCACACCGCCCACUUAAGACCCAAGAGGACUUCAUCCACGCCUUCGCCGCCGCGCACCGCAUCGCCGACGACCUCUCCGCCGAGACCGGCGCGCGCGUCUUCCCCUACUCCCUCUUCUACGUUUUCUUCGACCAGUACGCGCACAUCGCGGCCAUCACGCAGGAGGUCCUCGGCUUCGGGCUCGCCGCCGUGCUCGCGGUGACCGCGGUCCUGCUCGGCUCCUGGCGCACGGGCGUCAUCGUCACCGCCGUCGUCGGGCUCACCGUGGUGAACGUGAUGGGCGUGAUGGCGGUGUGGGGGAUCAUGCUGAAUGCGGUCAGUUUGGUGAAUCUGGUGAUCUCGCUGGGCAUUGCGGUAGAGUUUUGCGCGCAUGUGGCGAGGGCGUUUAUGAGUGCGGGGUCGGGGCUGCCGAUGGACCAUCCGGCGGGGCAGAAGGAGAGGGACGAGCGGAUGUGGAAUGCGUUGGUGGAUGUUGGGCCGUCGGUGCUUUCUGGCAUCACGUUCACGAAGUUGAUUGGGAUGUGUGUUCUCGCCCUGACACGGUCUAAGUUGCUUGAGAUUUACUACUUCCGGAUGUGGUUGACCUUGAUUAUCUCCGGCGCACUUCACGGACUUGUGCUGCUGCCUGUCAUUUUGAGUGUUGCUGGAGGUCCCGGCUUCCCUCAGCAAGAAGCAGACGAGGAAUGGAUGGCUAAUGCGAUCAGGAACGACUACGAAUAUGCGCCAUUCCUUGCGGACGACGACUCGUACCACAGCGAUUGAUUUAUACACGACUGACUGUCUUGGAACUUGACCUAUCUUACACGCUGUAAUUUCUAGUCACUAUCUGACCUUGUAGAACGCUCAACCAGAAGAUACCUGCAAACUUCACGUCUGCGCAGCGGCCUCUGGCUUGCAGUCC